GGCGCUGAGGAGAAAAAGAGAGAAAGAGGGCUACCGACGGGGAGGCAGACGAGGGCUCGUAACUCGUUUUUCCCGGGCGGUGCCCGGGCCGGAACGGAUAGAAAGGGUCGUGGCUCAGCAGCACCCGCAGGAGCAACUCACGGCUCUUUCUCCGCCGGCGCGCGAGUGCCCCCUUUCUCCCUCGCGCCCCAGCAGCACGCUAUGAGCAGAGGUGUCUCUCAAAGCAGAGGUUCAUAUCAGGCACUCCCCAAACCCAACGGCCACCCUCACCCAGCUUUCUUCAACGGCCCUCUUUCCCCGCUGGCAGGAGGCCUCACCGAUUUCCAGAGGCAACAGGUCCUCUUCCUUAAGGGGCAGCUGCAUGAAGCCCCGCUGUGGCAGUGCCAGGAGCAGAGACCCCAGGCGUUUCAAGGCUACCGCGCAGGUCCCAGACCCUCCAGCCCACCCGCUCCCCCGGGCUUCUGCAACGACUGCCACGGCACAGUCAGAAGGCCUCCGUAUAACAGUCUGAAGGAGCCGAGCCAGCAUUUCCAACCUCUGCCACGCCACAGCAGCAGGAACUUCGCGGGCAAGCUUGAUGGGGUCGUGUCUCGGUUCCAGGAGCUGACUGUUACCAGCCCGGAGGUUGAGCAGCGGCUGCUAGAAAUCUUACGGCAGCUGGAGCCCGGGGUCACCGAAAGCGCCCGCCAACUCGCCCAUAAGCUCCACAUCAAAAAGAAGGAGGUCAACCACCACCUCUACAGGCUCCUGAAACAAGGGAAGCUGUGCAGAAUUGGGGAGCUCCCCCCUCUGUGGAGAUUGGCUGAUAGCCCUAACCCCCGGGGCGCAGCUAGAGAAGACCCUCGCGCCAGCCAGGGGAUUCUGUGCAGACCUCCGGCCGCCGGGUCCCCCGAGCAGAGCUCCGCCACUGAUUCGGAAGACGAUUCCGAUCUGCCCGUCAUGGCCGAGGCCAAGGAGAAGAUCUGCAACUACCUGUUCAGCGUCCAGGAGUCCAUCACAGCGCUCAACCUUGCCAAAAACAUUGGCUUGUCCAGGGCCAAGGAGGUGAACUCUGCCCUCAAUGCCCUGGAGAAGGCCGGAGAUGUGUGCAAGGAGAACACCUUCCCCCCAAAGUGGUCCCUCACCGACAGCAAACGUAAGUCCAUGCAGCACAAGCUGAAGGCCAUGGAGGUCCGGGAAACGGCCUCGCCCGUCCCGGAUCCGGUCCCGGAGGCUCCAGCCCCCGCCGCAAACCAAGAGCCGCCUGCAACUGUGCCAACUCCUCCUCUUCCUUCUCCUCCUCCUCCUCCUCCUCCACUGCAGGAGGGCGAGGCAGAGAAAGUUGAGAACGGGCAGCAGCUGUCCGAGCCGGCGGAGCCGCCGGGAGAUGGUUCUGCUCACCGGUACGGCCCCCCUCGCAAGAGAGCCAGGUACCAGUGGUUCCACAAUUACGACGACUACUUCGAGAACGGCAAGUGGGCCACGGACGACAUCCCGGAGGACCUGAAUGCCAUCGGCAACCAAGACGCGUCGCGUUGCAUCAUGGAGUCCCCCCUGUCCCCCAGCUACACGGCUCAGUUCGACACGGCUUUCCUCAGCACCCCUCUGGAGAAGCUCAUGGCCUGCCAGCAGAAGAACCCCGUGAGCGGCUUGAUCGAGUACACCCAGUACACGUACCAGCACUGCGAAUUUGUCCUGCUGAAGCAGAGCGGGCCGUCGCACGAACCGAGGUUUAAGUUCCAGGCCGUGAUUGACGGCCGUCGGUUCCCGCCAGCGGAAGCAGGCAGCAAAAAGCUGGCCAAGCAGGAGGCGGCCGCCAACGCCAUGAAGAUCCUCCUCCACGAAGCCGAGAACGAGGGGGAAGACGACCUGGAGCUGCACAAGCCCUUCUACGAGGACACCUCCCUCCACGAGGAGGAGGAGGAGGAAGAGGAGGAGGAGGCAGAGUCCGAGGACCCAGAGCCAGAGCCGUCCUCCAUAACGCAACCGUAUGCGCCUUCUGUAAAGAACCCGGUCAGCGCGCUGGUGGAGUACGCCCAGAAGUCGGGGAGCGUCUGCGAAUUCCAGCUGCUUUCUCAGGAGGGUCCCCCCCAUGACCCAAAGUUCAAGUACUGCGUGAAGGUGGGCGACAACGUUUUCCCCGCCGUGGUAUCCCACAGCAAGAAGGGAGCGAAGCAGAUGGCGGCUGAGGUCGCCAUGAAGGGCCUCUCAGGGGACACCACUGGUUUGCCGGAACAGGCGGAGGCCCAGGGCGACCCAUCAAUGGAAGUCUCUGGCGGGCAGACCCCGAAUGUGGACGAGACACAGGCUGCGAGUGCGAAGGGUGUCGGAGAGCUGAUCAAGUACCUGAACUCCAACCCCGUGAGCGGCUUGUUGGAAUACGCCCGGACCAACGGUUUCGCGGCUGAGUUCAAGCUGAUCAAGCAGACCGGGCCGCCCCAUGAUCCCAAGUUCUUCUUCCAAGCCAAAGUGGGAGGCCGCUGGUUCCCGGCCGUCCAGGCGCACAGCAAGAAGCAGGGCAAGCAGGAGGCGGCUGACGCGGCGCUCCGGGUUCUGAUCGGGGAGACGGAGAACGCCGAGCACCUCGAAGGGAUGGCGAUCACGGAGCUCCCCGUGAGCGGCAGCACCCUCCACGACCAGAUCGCCAUGCUGAGCCACCAGCGGUUCAACACCCUCACGGCUCGCAUCCAGCACAGCCUGCUCGGGCGCAAGAUCCUGGCCGCCAUCAUCAUGCGGCGAGGGCAGGAGGGCCUGGGCGUCGUGGUCAGCAUCGGGACAGGUAAUCGCUGCGUGAAAGGGGAGGAGCUGAGCCUGAAAGGGGAGACGGUGAACGACUGUCACGCGGAGAUCAUUUCCAGAAGGGGCUUCAUAAGGUUUCUGUACAGUGAGCUCAUGAAGUACGACCCCUCUGCCCCGAAAGACAGCAUCUUUGAGCCAGCAGAAGACGGCAAGCUGAAGAUCAAAGACGACAUCACCUUCCACCUCUAUAUCAGCACGGCACCUUGCGGGGACGGUGCCCUCUUUGACAAGUCCUGCUCUGACCAGGCAAAUGCCGUGGGGGAGGGCCCACACCAGCCGCUGUUUGAAAACCCCAAACAGGGGAAACUGCGCACCAAGGUGGAAAACGGCGAAGGCACCAUUCCAGUGGAGUCGAGCGACAUCGUGCCAACGUGGGACGGGAUCCAGCACGGCGAGCGCCUGCGCACCAUGUCCUGCAGCGACAAAAUCCUUCGCUGGAACGUACUGGGCCUGCAGGGGGCGCUGUUGUCCCAUUUCAUGCGGCCGGUCUAUCUCCGCUCUGUCACGCUGGGCUACCUGUACAGCCAAGGUCACCUGACAAGGGCCAUCUGCUGCCGCAUGUCGAGAGACGGCGACGCAUUCCAGGCAGGGCUCCCGGAGCCGUUUUGCGUCAACCACCCUGAGGUCGGCCGCGUCAGCGUCUAUGAUUCCGCGCGGCAGACAGGCAAAACGAAGGAGUCCAGCGUCAACUGGUGCCUGCCCGACGACACCGACGUAGAAGUCCUGGAUGGCACAAAAGGCAAAAUAGAUGGACCAAAACUGGACGUCUCCCGGGUCUCCAAGAGGAACCUCUUCCUGCUGUUCCAGGAGCUGUGUGCCAAGAUGGAGGGCAAGGGGCCGCAGAAGCAGACGGUCUACUCGGAGGCCAAGGAGGCGGCCGUGGCGUACCAGAGUGCCAAGCGGAGCUUCUUCGGGGCACUGCAGGAGAUGGGCUACGGGAGCUGGAUCUGCAAGCCCCAGGAGGAGAAGUCCUUCGGUCUGGCCGAAGUCUAGCGAGCGCUGU